AUGGCAGAUCAAAGAAAUAGAUCACCUGAAGAUCUAAUCUAUUUUUUUUAAUAGAAUUACUUACACCAAAUGCGUCGAAAAACACACUAAACCAUACUAUAAGUUGAAAUUCAAUAAUCCAAAUUUAACAAAUCCCAUUCUACACACAUCCCAUAACCAAUUGCUUCAGCCUAGAAUCUAUUUGAUGCAUAUAUCAAGGAAAGAUAAUAAAAACGUGAAAUCAAUCAAAUACCAAAACCUUAAAGCAAAUCAUCCAAAUACUUGAAUUAGAUUCUUAUUAACAACCAAUCCAUUAUAAAAAGAAAUCGUUUUGCUUCUAGAUAACAACAACCAGACAAGAGUAUUGAAUAGAUAAUCUCACGUAAAAAGAGUGUAAAUUUAACAAUUUCUGAUUCAAAUUAAAAAAGAACAAUAGAGAAGAGUGAUUGGCUGAUAAGACCAGGCAAAGUUCAUGUAGAUCGCAAAUAAAUCAAAUAAUUAAGACAUGAAACUAUAUUUAGAGAAACCUUUAAUCGUUUAAAUGGAUGGUAGAUAGAUAAUGACAAUGAUACUGAAUUCUGA